AUGUCUAUCCAAGCUACGCUCCCUAAGGGUUCUCUGGUUCUUGUUACCGGUGCCUUUGGCUACAUUCGGGCGCAUGUUACCAAACAACUCCUCCACCAAUCCGCAAAUAGCUCGCCAGAAGUAGUUAUCCUCAACAACAUCAAUGACAAGAACCAGAUCCAGCAAGCUAUCCAAGGUGUCGCUGGUUUGGUUUAUAUCGCAGCACCGAAUACAUUCAGCCCGGAUCCAAAUGAAACGCCGCGUCUUCGAAAAAAGAGUGUCAAAGAGUUUGUCUACACUUCCACGAUUGGCGCUGCAACUAUGCUCCCUGCCCAACCAGGAUUCCAUUCCGAUGGGACGAAUUGGAAUGAGAGCGCCCGGGCCCUUGAUUGGGCACCUCCUCCCUAUACCCCCGAUCCUAGCAUGAUAGCCUAUAUCUACGCCAUAUUUGUUGAUGUCCGCGAUGUGGCACUGCUCCACGUCGCAGCUCUCCUUGAUCCAUCCCUCGAAGUGGCACAUGUUCCGGCAUGGGGGUAUGAGUUCAAUUGGAUUUAUAUCCUCAAGAUCCUCACGCAGCUAAAUCCGGGCACAGCUUUACCAGUUGCUCUUGAUAACCCUGAAGGAUUUAACGGUACCGCAGAUGUGGCUCAAGUGAAGCAUGCGCUUAAACAAUGGAGUGGCCAGGAUGGUUUUGUCUCUCUUGAGAAGGGUGUAAUAAUACUCUGA